AUGCAUCUCCUCUACUCUUUCCCAUCGAUCAAUCACGCUUGCAGGUCCCUUCAUGCGCAGAUCACCCAUCCCACAAGGAAAUCAACCACCCAUAAAACCGCCCCAGCAGCCCCAACAACCACCCCAAACACAGCCUCAACGACAACCUCAACCGCAGCCAAAACAGCUGCCACCGCAGAAGUCCCAGCGUGGGCAGGAGCACCAGGACCGGCCAAAGAAAUUCCAACCAGCUUUCACCCAAAAUGUCACUCCAACUAACCCUAACAACCCACAAACAUUUUCUUUGAGCGAAGUGACACCCCCAAACAAUUUUGG